CCCCACAUAAACAUCAUGAUUCGUCCGGCCUCCUCUAGCCCUUCGGUCUUGGUAAUAUAUAUCACACUAGCUUGUAGUUAUAGUUUCUCUAUAAAACAGCCUUUCAAUCUGGCCUGAGGCUAGCUAAGAUCGAUUUGAAUACCUCACAGCCAUGGGAGAAAAGGGUAUAACAAUAAUGGUGCUGAAGGUUGAUCUUCAGUGCCGUCGCUGCUACAAGAAGGUGAAGAAAGUUCUAUGUAAAUUCCCUCAAAUACAUGACCAGAUAUACGACGAGAAGAAAAACACUGUGACAAUCAAAGUCGUUUGCUGCUGUCCUGAAAAGAUUAUGCAAAAGAUACGCUGCAAGGGUGGCAAUUCCAUUCUCUGCAUUGAGAUCUUACCGCCCCCGAAGCCGCCCCAGCAGAAAAAAGAGGAUCCCAAGCCGCCUCCGCCGCCAAAAGAGGAUCCCAAGCCACCGCCGCCGCCAAAAGAGGAUCCCAAGCCUCCGCCGCCAAAAGUGGAUCCCAAGCCUCCUCAACCGGAGCCUCCUUGCAAGGUUCCUGUGGUUGUACAGGUUUGCCCACCGGAUUACGUAUACCCGUCUGCCCGUGUGUGUUGUAGGGAGUGUUCUGAGGGUCGUCCUGGGGGCCCGUGCUUUGAAGGCCAUGGCCAGCCACCACGCCAAUGUUGUAGGGAGUGUUCUGAGGGUCGUCCUGGAGGCCCGUGCUUUGAAGGCCAUGGCCAGCCACCACGCCCAUGUUAUGUGGUUUAUGGGCGGCCAGUGUAUGAUAGUUAUGGUGGCGGUUGGAAUAGGGGUUGCUAUGUGAGCCGCUGUGAUUACUUUUGUGAAGAAUCUCCAUCGGGAUGCACAGUCAUGUAAUUAAUUGAUCAUGUGCAUGCAUCAUCAUGUCCUAGUUUCCUCUGUCAUGCGUUAUUGUUGAUGUUGAGUCAAGGUUUGUCUGUAUUUGUGUUUUCCUUACUAUCUUCCUAUUACUAGAAAAAGAUUUGAUAAGGUUGCUGGACUGGUAAAUGUCGGUGAACAGUUGUUAAUUUACUUGAGUAUUACGUGAGUUUAAUGAUAUUUAAAUAACAUAAGUUUCUUAUUUCCCUUC